CACGCAUCAACAGCCUCGUAAGCAAAGUUCAACGGCCUCCGUGCCCAGCCACUCGUUUACUACCACACCGCUUCACUCUUUCAGCGGAUAAACAUAAAAGAAAACCGGUUCUGUCCCCAUCUUGAAUCAAGAUGAAGGCCUCCAUCGUCGCUGCUUCGGCGCUUGUCGCGUCCGUUGCUGCUUUUGAGCACAAGAACCACGCUGGGUUCCACAUGCGCCGUGGCGCAUACGAGCCCGUUAAGGACGAAGUCUGCACAGUCUACACGACUGUCUACGUUCACGCCCUGCCCUCGAUUGUGCCCAACACCACUGCCAUAUAUGAGCACUCUACUCCUGCCGCGGAGACCUCGACCUCGUGCACUGAGGGCGAGAAGGCCAGCUCUAUCUACACUCCCAUCGUGAUCUCCACCAAGACACCUGAGGCUUCCCAGCCAGUCUACCCUACCGUCCCGGCUGUUCCAGAGGUAUCUAAGCCGGCAGUUCUUGAGUACCCAACCAAGCCAGCAGUCAGCCAGUCCUCGAAAGAGGUUCCACAGCCUUCUAAGCCUGCCACUCCCGAGAUCCCCACUAAGGCUGUUGACACUCCUAAGCCCGCCCCUAGCAGCUCCAAGGCUGUCGAUGCACCCAAGCCUGCUCCUAGCAGCUCCAAGGCUGCGGAUAAGCCCAAGCCCACCGGCAGCUACAGCUCUGGUGGCCGCAUCGUCACCAAUGGCAACAAGUGGGCUAUGACUUACACUCCCUACGCUCCUGAUGGCAACUGCAAGACCGAGGCCGACAUCAAGUCUGACAUCAAGCAAAUCGCCGACAUUGGCUUCACCACCAUCCGCUCCUACAGCACCGACUGCGGUGUGUUCGAGUACGUCGUCCCUGCCUGCCAGGAGCACGGCCUGAAGAUCAUCUACGGCAUCUUCCUCGAGGCCGGCGGCAGCGGCGGCAAGGGCCCCUUCUCUCAGUACGCCAACGACCAGCUCGACGACAUCAAGAACAAUGCGCCCAAGGAUGGCAUCGCCAUGGUCAUCGUCGGAAACGAGUGCAUGUUUAACAACAACUGCGGCCCCGACGAGCUCGCCUCGUACAUCGACCACGUCCGCGAGACGCUCCAGGGCGCCGGCUUCCCCAAGGACAUCGCCAUCACCACCACCGAGCCCGUUGGUACCUGGGAGGAGAAGGGCGCCGCGCUGUGCAGCCACAUCGACGUCUUCACCGUGCAGGUCCACCCGUACUUCACUGCAUCCAUCUCGCCCGACAUGGCUGGUGACUUUGCCGCACAGCAGCUCGAACAGGCUGCUAAGGUGUGCCCUGAGGCAGCCGCCAAGGGCAAGUACAUUUCUGAGAUUGGCUGGCCCAGCGCGGGUAACAACAACGGCAAGGCGGUUGCUGGUGUUGCCGAGCAGAAGGAGGCUAUGAAGAAGAUCAUUGAGAAGGUCGGUGCUGAGGCGUGUCUGUUCAGCUUCAAGGAUGACCCGUGGAAGCACCCUGGUGCGCUGGGUGUUGAGCAGCACUUUGGCUGUGCUGAUGCCCUUUCGUACUAAGCGUCUUGCGGUGGUGAGCGGACAGCUGAGUAACGGUGUCGAAGAGUAGUAAGAAUCUCUCUGGCCUGCCGCCGUAAGAUCGUCUGCAGAGCACCUCGAGUCAACAUGCUCGCUACGUUUAUGUGUUUAUGUUUGUUUAUGGUUGGAAUAUCCCUUCUUGAUGGCUACCCCGGUCGAUAGUUUAGC